UAAGCUUAUGUAUGAAAACGUCUAUUGACAAUAACAUAGCCUUUGAUAAUGGAUUCUAAUUUAGGUCGAGGGUUUUAUGAGGUGUAUAAUUCCUCGAAAGAAAUUCUAAAAAAUAAUCAAACGCACUUGUAUUGUAAUAUGUUGGAUUUGCUUGCCAACACGAGUAAAAGCACACCUUCCUCGGUAAUUGGAAAGAUUUUAUCUGUUGAUGAAUUAGUACGUUUUUGGGUGGAAGAUAUUCUUCCACUAGCUUUUGAUGACGACUCGGUUGUACAGGGCAGUGCCGUAUCAGCUUUGGAACAAGGUUUAUUAACUUUAGAUAUUGGCAACAUUCCAAAUCAUAGUUGUUGGAAUAAUCUGAAAAAUGUAAUUGUGAAGGAAUUUGCAUCUCGGGUGCACCAGCUUAGAGAAGACCGAAACCAAUAUUGGCAUCGAAUUUGGUGUAUACUUGUUCGUCUGUUGGAUCGCGAAAUCUUGAAAAGUGCUAGCACUAUAAAUUUGUUUCUAUCUAUUGUCGAGCUUGGAUUUCGUAGUCCAGAUAAUUCAGUAAGAGCAGAAGCGUUUACGUGUUGGCAUCUACUUAUUCAAAUCUUUGCUAAUCAUAAUCAAUUAUCAUCGCCCAAACGUUUAAAACUUGUGUGCAUUCCUCUAAAAUCAUCCCAGUCGAAAACUCCAUAUGUCGCUGCUGUAAAAUUACGCAUUUGGUGGUAUUUGAUAACUUGUUUGGGUGCACAAAAUGAGGAUAACUACGAGAAUGUUGUGGAACCAUUUUUAAUAUUUUGCUUCGGGUCACAUUCAAAAAGUACUCUAGGAAUAGCCCAACAAUACAUUUCUGUACGAGAAUUAGCUAUGACAUGCCUGGUAGCCAUAGUGAGCAAACAGCGGGAUGAAUUUAUACAAAGGUUAUUGCGGGAAUACGAGUUAGAAUUAAUGUGUCAAGAUACGGAAUUGAUAACUUCAAAUAUUGUGGAAAAACAUUGGAAAUCAAUAUUUUAUGCUAUUUUGGAAGCCUCAAAUAUGCUUGUCGAAAGUGAAAAACGUAGUGAUAUUGAACAACGACUGCUAAUUUUAUUGACCAAAAGUGCAACUCAUAUAAUGAUUAAUAAUGAUAUGUGUGUAUCAUAUGAGUACUAUUGUUUCGGCUUAAUACAAAUGAUUGCAAAAAGCAGUCGUCCCAUAACAAUAGCAGCUAAUGUAAUUGCAUCCGAAGGACUUCGUUUAUCACGCUCUAUUCUGGAUUGUGAAAAUUACAUUAAAAUUAUACAGUUUUUAGUAAAAUUUUUAACAACUGGAAGAGAUUCUCUUCUUCCUAAUGUUAUUCAGCAGUGCGCUGCUAAAAUAUCUAAUUUAGACGCCUUUAUUCCAAAACAACUUUGUUGGCGUGCUGUGGAGAUUGUAGCUGAAUAUUUCAUCAAUACACCAAAUGAUGAAGGUUUUGAGUAUUUUGAAGUAAAAUUUUUUAUAUGGCGUAAUAUAUCUUCGGAAAUGGUAAAUUUGUUAAGGAAUAAUUCUUUUGGUCGCACAGCACAAGAAUUCGUUCAUUCAUUAAUAUCCUGGAGCUUAUGGCCAUUACGCAUGGUUAUUGAAUUUACUGGACAUCGCAACAAUUCUAUUUUUGAUGAACAAUUCUAUAUGCUCUGGCAUGAUCUGUUACAACUUUCAGAAAACACUACUGCUAGAUCACAACAUUUGAAUGAAAUAGCAAAAGUUCUAAACGCAAUUUUAGAUUCUGGUUAUGAAUGUGAGGUUUUUAUCAAUCUUUUUAAUGCGUAUGCAGAUGAAAUGAUCAAACAUGACUGCAACAAUUAUUCGACACACUUCGAACAAUUAUUUGCUCUCUUACAUAAAUUGUUUAAAAAACAAUUAACAAAAAGGGAAAAAGAAAAACUGCUUAAAAUUUUCCGAUGUGUUCUCCACAGUUUUAAAUUACCUGAAAGCAGUUCUCUAAUAGAGUCAAUUAAAUGUACACUUAAAGAAGCUAUAAACAAGUCUUCAAAAGACGGUGUAGAUUCAAAGUUUUAUGAAGAGUGGAAGCAUUCUGUUAUAAAUAUUACUCGUGCUUCCCUGGGUAAAAAUUUCGCAACUCAGGUUUUAGAAUUAUUUAAAGAUGACGUCUAUGUCAUCAUACCAUCGGUAUGGAGCCUUAAGCCGGAAAAACUAACAGAUAGACAAAAGGAGCGUAUAACAGAAAAAACAAACAUACCAGCACUAUAUAACGAUAUGAGCCAGUCGCAGGAUUCCUUAAUAAAACCUUGGACACCUAAAAAAAUAGUUAUAGCUAAAGAGGACCAAAACGAAAUUGUUAUAGAAGACCCCUAUAUACGGCAGAAGCAAACCACUGAAAACAAUUUUUUUAGAGUACCUAAUUCUAGUUCGGAUCCAAAGCAGCAAAAUAUUGAUUCAAUGUUUUUGGCGGAAUCAAGCAACAAGAACAAAGAUUUUUUUGAGGAUCUUGCUAACAGCACGACGGAUAAAAGUAUUGAUCGGAACAUUGCAGAAGUUAUUGAAAUUGAAAAAGUUAAUUCAUCAUCACCUCAACAAAUUGAGAUGAACGAACUCGACAAGAAGCAAGUCAGCGAAGUCGGCGUGGAAGUUUUGACAAUAAAAAAUGCGAAUCCAAAAGUGUCGAAUAUAAUAAAUCAUGAAUCAACGAGUCGCGCACAAUCUCCAAAAAAUUUACUCGGGGAUACAUCAAAAAUUCAAUCAGGAGAUGCGGAGCAAGAUCACCGUAUGGACGCCGUAGAGGGACUUUUUACCGAAGUGACAAAUCCUUGUUAUGGAGCGGACACAAUUAAGGAAAUUUCACCUAAAAAAACAUUAACAAAAAACUCUCUCUUAUUAUCACCACCUGAUCGCAAACUAACAAAUAAUAACACCAGUCCUAAGUUACGACCUAAACCACCAGCACACCUCACAGGAAGAGGUGCACAAUUAAUAAACAUGAUACGCAAUAGAAAAAUCGAUGUACAAUCACCACAAACACCCAUGCCCAGAUUAUUUGUGGGUAAAACUGACAGCAUAGAUCGUACAGUUUCGGAUACGGAAAUGGUUGGCGUCGAGAAUACAGCAACACCACUCAAUAACAAAGAUAUUUUAACAUUCACUAAAAGACUUCCUUCUCCAUCCGCUAGCCCUUCAACAAGUAUUUUGAAGAGAAAUAUUCGUAGGGAAAGCCUCGAAGAUAACACAUUUGAAUCCCCAGCUUUUAAAAAGAAGAGGGUUAGUUUUCAUGAUCCGCCGGUGUCAGUUACGAAGGAAUAUAUAAAACAUAAUGAUGAGAACAAAACCAAACCUAAACGAUGUCUGAAUAUGGAUAAAUUACAACCAAAUGUGGAAAAGUGUAUGGAAAAUAAAUAUUCGCUUAAACGAAGAAGUAAAUUAGAUAGCAUUAUAGAGAUUGAAAAAUUUACAAUCCAACAAUCAAACAAAUCACCAGGACAAUCGACAAAUACUGGUAUUAGCACCGAAGAGUUUGAUGAUGACAAUGUAUGUGGUAUGGAUCAUUCCACGGAAGAAAACGAGGCCAUUAUAAAAUUUGUUCCAGAAUUUCCUUCGAACAGUGGUCAUCAUAAAACAUCGAAAGGUAGAUCAGAGUUAGCGAUCACCAACAACUUACUUGAAAUCGUAAUCGAAAAGCAUUCUUUUGAAGAAGUAUUGCAAAAAUAUUUUGAUUGUAACAAAGAUUCUAAGUUGAAGUACUAUGACACAAUAGCCAAAUUGAUAUCGAGGGGAAUGAGCGAAGAUUCGAAAAUAAAGGAGACCAUUCUUGAGGCACUUUCGGAAAAUCAUUCGAAAGAUUUCUUAGAUCAUGCAAUACGAGAAAAUCUUGCUUCGGUCGUAUGUGAUAGACUGAAUUUACCUUCAGUUAUAGAAUAUGUGUGUGAAAAAUCAAAAAUAAAUACUUCUUGUCGGACAAAUAUUUUUUCACAACUCCCAGAUAUUCUUAAAUAUUGUAAACAAGAUGCUGAGCGCCUAAAAGUUGUACAAACAAUAUUAAGUUGCAUUAGUUUAAAGGACUCGGAUAUUUUAGAUCUGAUGAAUGUUUUGUUACGCGUACGACAAAUGAAUAAGCCAAAUUCAGACACUGUGUCGGAAGCAGCAAUUGAUUCUUCUUCUAACCUAUAAGAUGUAUCUUUAAUGUAUUAUUAAAACACGGGAUAAGAAAAAUAAAAUUUCUUGUUUGGCAAAAAAA